AUAGCGGGUUACAUUCAGAAAUUUAGCAAAGCUAUUUCUCAAAGGGCCUUUAGAUGCAAGGCGGAGCUAAACUUGAACUAACGAGUUAGAGUCCUGAUUCAGUCCUAAAUGUGAUGUGGAAACCCUGCCUGGUAGCUAAAAACAGACUCCUGUAAGCAGUAGUAACCGACUUUGAAGUACCAACAAGACGGGCUACUCUUGAUGGUGUCUGGGGCAACGUGACCAUCCAGCUCCAGAACACAGGUGUUGCCCCAAACUUCAACAGCAAAGAGAAAUCGGCGGAGGGAGCGUGGGCUGGGGAGUCAGGGCUGAGCCCUCGCGCUGCUGGCGGAGGAGAAACCCUCUUUCCGAAGGAGGGUUCCUGAACCUGCGGUGUGCGUGCUGCCUGCUCGAAUCCCCGGAUAAAAUACACCCUUGGCACAUCACAACGAAAGCUUCGAAUCUGAGUUUAUAAAUUUCUGCAAGUAAGGAGUUAAUGCUGAAACCUAAGGGUAAGAGUGCCAGCAUGAUUAGUUGCUCUCAGCCGAGGGGUUUUGCCAGAGUGUCCCAGUGCUGUGCCUGGGACGGGACCGUCAUUCUUUCACCCAGGUCCUCAGCCGGCGCAGAGACAUUUGUCUGUAUCAAGUGCCAUGCUUCUCAGACACGGAUUAAUCCCUUACGUGGAUGCAGGGCUGCAUUUAAAACAUCACGACUGAAAAGAAAUGUAAAGGCUCGGUUUUGACCAUAGCUACGCAAACGCAGAUAAUUUUCUCUUUGACGUCAUUGUCAGUGACAGACUGUCCACAAAUAAUUGUGGACAGAGAUUUGCAGUAAAAUGAUGUGGAGCCCCACCAACCUUUGCAUUUUGGGUCAUAUUACUGCUUUCUGCAGGUAAAAGUGAAUCUCACUGCAGUAUGAUCUGCUAAUGCACCUCCCUGUUCUUCAGAUCUUGGAUGGAGGCUUUUUUCACGCUGAAAAAGUAUAGAGUGUCGAAGAACAAAAUAAGCUCCCCAGAACUUCAAAGGGUAUCUACCUGCAAAGGCUUUGCAGGAGGUCAGAGCGGCAGGAUGGGCAGCAGAUUAAACAAAUUGUUCAGGUUAAGAAAUGAUGAAAUCGUAAGUUUCAAUUCAGUCUCACUGGGAGCUUUUGCUGAGUUUUUUUUGUCAGAAUAUUCUGGUUUUGUUUUUUGUUUCAUCAAAGAAAAAUUCUGUAGCAAAAGGUCAAUUCUAUAUUUUCAAUGCAAUUUUGAGGACUUUCAGAACAGUCAUAGCCUUUCAGCAUCUUCAGUAUGAGAAGUGAGGUCCUGUGGUCUAAAACAACAGGGGAAUAUUCAUGCCACCAAACUUUCUAUUCCUAAUUUAAUUAAUUAAUUUAGUUGCUCAGUCUUUCUAGGCUCUGUCUACCAAAGGAGAGAGACUCUUGCUCUUUAAACACCCUCUGAAGAGACUAAUACGGGCUUGGGGGGCUGAGUCAGCCCCAUUAAUAUUUUUGAGAUCCUUAAGAGAAAGAUAACAGGAGUGUACUCAGACACAUGAAUAUCUUAAAGCUUGGGUGAGGACUGAUUAAAAGCUGUGAUGGAAAAAUCUUGCAUGUCAGAAGUUUUUGUCUCUAAAUAAAAAUAAUGUGUAGUUGUUCUGCUAAUCAAGAAACAGUAAUUCAAGGGAGUCAAGGGACUAAAGCAAGGGAUUGCUCAUGUUUCUACCCUCGAAGAAAUAUGGAGAAUUCAAUUAUACUGGUUUUGUGCUUUUUUCCCUCCUCAGUUCGAUGACAACUUAGAACAAAUUAAACCCAACAGCCCACAGGCACAUGAACGAUUCUCAGUUAGCUGAGUAUUAAGGAAUUAAUUUGAAUGUAAGUAGUAAAGAAGGAGGUAAAGAUUUUAUGAUUGUUUUUAACCUGAUUUAAUUUACACAUGGGGCAUAUACAGCUGGUACAAACUGGUCUUUCCAACAGACCAUUGACCUUCAUCCUCAGAAAAGAAAAAGAAACCUUACAUAAAUCAUUCUGAGCAUGUGAUACCAACCUGGAAAACUCCAGAAUUUCAUCACAGAGUCGGCCAGCUUGGGUCUGGAUACAGUCACGUAGGGAGAAACAGAAUCCUCCAUUUAAUGCACACUUGGAAGGUUCUGAAAGGUGUACGAAUGCAAAAUGAAGCUGCUCUUCCUAAGUUGCGUGCUGGUUUCCUGCUGCUGCCCAGCUGGGGCAGUGAACAGAGAGUACUAUAUCGGGAUUAUAGAGACAGUGUGGAACUAUGCGCCUGGCAAUAGAAAUAUCAUAUCUGGACAGCUUUUUGCAGAAGAAGAGCAGGCUGAAGUCUUUCUCAAAAGAGGACCACACAGGAUAGGAAGCACUUACAAGAAGGCUGUCUAUACUCAAUACACCAAUAAUUCAUAUAAUGUGAUAGUUGAGAAACCUUCCUGGCUGGGUUUUUUAGGCCCUGUCAUUAAGGGAGAAGUUGGAGAUUCCAUUAUUAUUCACUUGAAAAACUUUGCUUCCAGAAGCUACACACUGCACCCCCAUGGUGUAACAUAUACCAAAGAAAACGAAGGUGCUUUUUACCCUGACAACACCAAAGAUUUGCAAAAAAGAGAUGACACUGUGAAGCCUGGAGACCAGUACACUUACACAUGGGAUGUGACAGAAGAUCAAGGUCCAGCUAAUGGAGACGCAGAUUGCAUAACCAGGGUUUAUCACUCCCACAUAGAUGCUCCAAGAGAUGUUGCCUCAGGGCUUGCUGGACCUUUAUUAAUUUGCAGGAAAGGUACCAUGAGUAAUGACAGUGAUAAACACUUUGAUGCUGAAUUUAUCCUUAUGUUCUCUGUGAUGGAUGAAAAUCUCAGCUGGUAUCUGGAGGAUAAUAUCAGGACAUAUUGUUCUGAUCCUUCCAACGUUGACAAAGAUGAUGAAGACUUCCAGGAAAGCAAUAAAAUGCACUCAAUCAACGGGUAUAUGUAUGGAUACCUCCCGGACCUCACAAUGUGUGUGGAAGAUAGGGUAAAAUGGCAUCUUUUUGGCAUGGGUAAUGAAGCUGACAUCCACGCAGCCUAUUUUCAUGGACAGACUUUAAUAGAAAGGAAUCACCGCGUCGACACUGUCAACCUCUUCCCAGCCACCUUUGUUGAUGCUGUCAUGAUACCGCGGAGUCCUGGAGAAUGGCUGCUGAGCUGCCAGGUGAACGACCAUAUUGAAGGUGGUAUGCAGGCCCUUUUUAAAGUAAGGGAGUGUAGAAAAUCCACAACAAAUCAUAAUGAGAGUACAAAGAUAAGACAGUACUUCAUUGCUGCUGAAGAAAUCAUCUGGAAUUAUGGCCCAUCUGCAACAAACCAUUUUACAGGACAGGAAUUAAUUGCUGACAGUGAAUCUCAGAUAUUUUUUGAACAAAGUGAGACAAGAAUUGGUGGCUCUUAUAAAAAAGCCGUAUACAAGGAAUACACAGAUCACACCUUCACAGAACAUAAAAGGAGGCUCCCGGAGGAUGUACAUCUUGGGCUCUUAGGACCUGUUAUCAAGGCAGAAGUGGGUGAGAGCAUCAGGGUGACUUUCCGAAACAACGCCAGCCGCCCGUUUAGCAUCCAGCCCCACGGCGUGAGUUACCGCAAGAGCAACGAGGGGGCAUCGUACGGUGCCUUUUCCGGAGGCACUGAAUCUCCAGCCUCUCAUGUGAGUCCUGGCACUACAUUUACGUAUGAGUGGAACGUGCCAGAAGAUGUGGGCCCUACAGACCAGGAUCCAGACUGUUUAACCUGGCUCUACUAUUCAGCUGUGGAUGCAGUCAGAGACACCAGUUCUGGCCUUGUGGGGCCUCUCCUGGUGUGCAGGAAAGGAGCUCUGCUCCCUUCUGGGAAACAGAAAAAUGUGAACAGGGAGUUUUUUCUACUUGCCACAGUAUUUGAUGAGAAUCUCAGCUGGUACCUGGAUGACAAUAUUUUGAUGUUUACACUAAAUCCUACCAAAAUUGUCAAAGAUGAUGAGGAUUUCCAAGAGUCUAACAAAAUGCACUCCAUUAAUGGUUAUAUGUACGGAAAUCAACCUGGCCUUGAGAUGUGUAAAGGAAAUGUGGUUUCCUGGCAUUUGAUGGGUGUAGGGUCAGAAGUCGACAUCCAUGGAAUAUAUUUUUCAGAAAACACAUUCCUAACGAAAGGAACAAGACGGGAUACAGCAAAUCUGUUUCCACAUACUUUUCUUACUGCUAUUAUGAAGCCUGACUGUGAAGGCGUUUUUGAAGUGUCAUGCCUGACAACGGAUCACUACACCGGGGGCAUGAAACAGAAAUACGAAGUGAAACAGUGCCAUUGGUGGAAUGUGGACCCGUCACUGUAUUUGCAUGAAAAAACUUACUACAUUGCUGCAGUGGAAGUGGAAUGGGACUAUUCUCCUAACAGGACAUGGGAAUUUGAGCGGCAUCAAUUUCAUGAAGAAAGUCCUGGCAAUCCAUUUUUAAAUAAAGAAGACAAAUUUAUUGGUUCAAAAUACAGAAAGGUUGUAUAUCGUGAAUACACCGAUCAGACAUUCAGCACUCCCAAAAAAAGAGCUGAGGAGCAGCAGCAUCUGGGAAUUCAAGGGCCAUUGCUUAUGUCAAAUAUUGGAGAUAAAAUUAUAGUAGUUUUUAAGAACUUGGCAUCACGACCUUAUUCUAUACAUGCCCAUGGAGUGAAAACAGACAGUUCUGCUGUUGCCGUAACUAACCCAGGUGAAACAAAAAUGUACGUCUGGAAAAUCCCUGAGAGAUCUAGUUCUGGGCGAGGAGAUCCACACUGUAUCGCCUGGGCAUACCAUUCAACUGUGGACAUCAUCAAGGACACUUACAGUGGAUUAAUAGGCACACUUGUUGUGUGUCAUAGACAUUAUUUGCCAUCAUUUCAUGCUAAAGAGAAAGUUCAAUUUGCUCUUCUUUUUAUGGUUUUCGAUGAGAAUGAGUCAUGGUACUUGGAUGAAAACAUUAAAACCUACUCUACCAACCCACACCUUGUUGACAAAGAGGAUGAGGAAUUCCUUGAAAGUAAUAAAAUGCAUGCCAUUAAUGGAAAGGUGUUUGGGAACUUACAUGGUCUGACUAUGCAUGUUGGGGAUAAAGUAAGCUGGUAUUUGAUGGGAAUGGGCAACGAAGUAGAUAUUCACACAGCACACUUCCAUGGCCACAGCUUUGAUUAUAAGCAAACAGGAAUUUACCGGGCAGAUGUGUUUGACCUGUUCCCUGGGACGUUUCAAACUGUGGAAAUGAUCCCGCAGAACCCUGGAACCUGGCUGUUACACUGCCACGUUACUGAUCACAUCCAUGCGGGCAUGGAAACAACCUACACAGUGCUCCCAAAGGAAGACAAAUGGUCUUUUUUUCCCAAGCUCAUUCAAUCAGUUAAAGUGUAAUGGUACAACAGGCACACUAGAAUGGAGAAGCCAUUUCACCACAGUGAUUCUCUGAGGUCGAUCAUCAGUGAAGCAUUUCUUGAGAAAUACUAUCUCCUGGACAAUGUAUCUCAACAUCAUUUUUUGAAGAUUUCAUUUGGUGGCCCACUGCUAACAAAAGGACCAGAGACUGAGACAGUUGGAUGGAUGAGACAGUUGUAAGGAUAUAAGCUUAUAAAUAACAGUCUCCUUAAACAAAAAUUAUCUUGUCAGCUAAUUAGCACAGUCUAGGUGAUUCCUGAUGUGUGUUAUUUAACAGCUGAGGAAUUAUCAUAUAUGCACAUAAUAUGGAAGAGCCAAGUGAAAUGUAUGUCUUUUUUUUAUUAUUAUUUGUAAAUAAACCUGUAUGGCAGCAAAAUUCAUUUCAGUUAUUUGUCCCAGAGCUGAUGUCACAUUUUACUAGUCAGACAUUAGUUAUUACAGGAUGGGAAACAGGAAUUGGGCUAUCACUUGUGCCACAGGUUCAAAAUUAAUACAUAUAUAAGAUUGUAUAAUAAACUUCUAACAAAAUAA